UGUACGACUACCCGUUCAAUUGCAACGAGCUAUGGCGGCGGAAGCAGAAGCUGCACGUGAAGCACGCGCUAAAGUGAUUGCCGCAGAGGGUGAACAGAAGGCCAGCAGGGCUCUGCGGGAGGCAUCGGAAGUUAUCGGCGAUUCACCGGCUGCUUUGCAACUCCGUUAUUUGCAGACAUUGAAUACAAUAUCAGCGGAAAAGAACUCUACCAUCGUGUUUCCGCUACCAAUCGAUAUGAUGACAUAUUUUAUGAAAGCUUUACCGAGGGAAUAAUUGUGUGAAAAAGAAAAAGAAAGAAAACGUACGUCACAUUUUGCAGGAUACAACAACGGAGAAGACGAUCAACAACUUUUGAAGAUUUAUGAAAGAUGUUUGGCGAUUUAUUCGUAUAUUUGACAUGCUUGCGUAUUACAUCCAUAGACUGUGUUCGGGGAGUGUGCUAUCAGUACUAUUAUGAUAUAUUCUCUUUUUACUGGCAGUGCAACCAUAAAAUAGAUACGAUGGACAAACGUACUAAAUCAAAAUAUUAAUAUGCUUAAUUACAGAUCAAUAGCAGUAGCGAUAGUUCUUCCAAAGAACUUAUUUGUUUGUAUAACUAAUACCCGAGUAGAAAAUUGGAUCUGGUCAACCUGACGUAUGAAUAAUGCCGGAAUUGCGCCCUGUCGAGGUAUGCUGACUUGGCAUCUGAGCAGGAAACACGUAGGCAUGCCCUACUAAGGAAUGCUAGACUUAUGCCUUACUGAAAAAUGCCUGAAUUGCGACCUAACAACGGAAAGCUGGACUUGGGCCAGAAUAAGACGUACCUUAUGUGACUCUGUUUUAUUUUUCUUUGCCAAAAAAUUAAUCAAUAAAUUGUUAAGUUAGGUUCUUAGA